UCUAAUUAGCUAUGCAUGAAACAAGCAUGAAACAUUAAGCUUGAAGAAGAGAGAUGGGGGACUCUACCAAAGAUGGUCUUCAUUCUAUUGAGUUGUCUGAGUUCACUAAAGAACCACCUUCUGUGAAAAUUAUAGAGGAGGUUAAUGACAGUCCAAUCGAAGAAGUUCGCCUAAUCGUGCCAAUCACCGAUGACCCUAAUAUACCAUGCUUAACAUUCAGGACAUGGGUCAUAGGACUCACGUCAUGCAUGUUACUUGCAUUUGUAAAUCAGUUCUUCAGUUAUCGCCAGAAUCCGAUCGGUGUAUCAUCAGUCUGUAUUCAGUUAGUGAGUUUGCCAAUUGGGAAACUGAUGGCAGCCACAUUGCCAACAAAGCUCAUAAGAGUUCCACUUACAAACUGGUCUUUUUCACUGAACCCUGGACCGUUCAGCCUGAAAGAGCAUGUACUUAUCACUCUCUUUGCCGGUGCUGGUUAUGGUGGCUUUGCACUUGACAUUGUAACACUGAUGAAGGCUUUCUAUCACCGACGACUCAACCCGAUAGCAGCCAUGUUGCUUGCUCAAACAACUCAGUUGCUUGGAUAUGGAUUUGCUGGCAUGUUUAGGAAGCUCCUAGUGGACUCACCUUAUAUGUGGUGGCCGGGGAACCUAGUAGGAGUCUCCCUUUUCAGGGCACUGAAUGAGGAUGAGAAGAGACCUAAGGGUCAUUUGUCCAGGUUGCAGUUCUUCAUAGUAGUCCUUGUCUCCAGUUUUGCCUACUACAUCGUCCCCGGCUAUUUCUUCCCUUCCAUAAGUGCACUUUCCUUUGUUUGCUGGAUAUGGAAGAAUUCUGUAACAGCACAGCAGAUUGGCUCUGGCUUUAGUGGGUUUGGCAUUGGCUCAUUUGGACUCGACUGGACGACUGUGUCUGGCUUCCUUGGGAGUCCAUUAGCAAACCCAGCAUUUUCCAUCUUCAACACAAUGGCAGGAUUUGUCCUUGUUGUAUAUGUGCUAGUGCCCAUUGCCUACUAUACAAAUGCCUACAAUGCCAAACGGUACCCUAUAUUUACUUCCAAUGUCUAUGACUCUGCCGGGAAUCAGUAUAACAUAACUCGCAUCCUUGAUGAUAAGACAUUUACAAUAGACUAUGCUGCAUAUGAUAGUUAUGACAGAAUGAAUGUCAGUAUGUUCUUCGCUUAUAGAUAUGGGUUUGCAUUUGCAUCUCUAAUGUCUUCCCUGACACAUGUUGUGCUUUUCUACGGCAGCACCAUCUUGGAUUUGUGGCGCAAGGCUUCAGUAACAGCUGAAGAUAAGUUUCUGGAUGUCCAUGGAAGAAUUAUGAAGAGAAACUAUGAGCCCGUCCCGCAAUGGUGGUUUGCCACCAUCUUGGUAAUAAGUUUAUGUCUGUCCUUCUUCACCUGUCAAGGAUUCAAUGGACAGCUGCAGCUACCAUACUGGGGGAUCAUUUUAGCAUGUGCCAUGGCUUUAUUUUUCCUGUUCCCUGUAGCAGUUCUAGUAGCCACUACAAAUCAGGGAGCUGGAAUAGGUGUUAUCACGGAGAUGAUUUUUGGAUACUUGUACCCUGGGCGACCUUUAGCCAAUAUGGUGUUCAGGUGCUAUGGAGUUACAGGCAUGGGGCAAGCUCUAUGGUUCAUCUCUGACUUUAAGUUGGGCCACUACAUGAAAAUCCCACCAAAAUCAAUGUUUAUUAUGCAGCUGGCUGGGACAAUAGCUGCAUCCACAGUCUCCUUUGCAACAGCAUGGUGGAUAUUAACGAACAUUGAAAAUAUAUGCCAUGCAAAUUUGUUACCUGCAGGAAGCCCAUGGACAUGCCCAGGGGAAGAUGUCUCCUAUAACAUAACCAUAAUUUGGGGGGUCGUUGGACCGAACCGAAUUUUCGGCUCCCGUGGACUAUACACAAAAAUGAAUUGGUUCUUUCUAAUCGGUCUUUUGGCCCCGGUGCCAGUGUGGUUGCUAGCUCGGGCAUUCCCUAAGAAGAAAUGGAUCCCACUCAUCAAUAUGCCAGUCAUUUUUGGAUCAAUAAUGGCCAUGCCAGCUGCCAAGUCAGUGCACUACAUUACCUGGUGCAUUGUUGGGAUAUUCUUCAACUACUUCGUCUAUCGCAGGUAUAAGAACUGGUGGGCAAGACACACCUAUGUGUUAUCUGCAGGUCUAGAUGCUGGUGUUGCCUUCAUGGGUGUAAUUGCUUUCUUUGCUCUCCAAAACUAUGAAAUUUAUGGAGUGAACUGGUGGGGACAACAAAGCAAUGACCACUGUCCAUUGGCUGCAUGUCCCACAGCUCCAGGGAUAGUAAAAGAGGGCUGCCCAACUUUCUGAGAUAUACUCUCACACCAGUUCUCUUUCUCCACUUAAAUAAAUAGUAUAAAAUAAUGAAUGUGUGAUUCUUCUUAGUUAAUGCAUGUGGUUUCUUCCUGU